AUGAAGCGGACGGCUGUAGUGGCUAGGCACAAUGGCCUCGUCUCUCCGUUGGGGAACAACAACUCUGGGGCUUCGAGCAUCGUCUCACCUCCCCAGCAGCGAGCUACGAGUAUCUCCGCUUCCACCGAAAGCGGUACUGGUGCUGGGAUGGACGGCCUGCUGGAUUUCUCCAAAGGCCCUACCGUCAAAACCGAGCUAGUAUGUAAAUGGGUCGACCGAACUUCUUCUAGACAGAGGCUUGGGCGGACAUCGACAUCCGUCUGUGACCAAACUUUCAGCUCCAUGCACGAGCUGGUGGACCACGUCACCACCGAGCAUGUAGCGACGGGGCUCGAGACCCUCAGUCAUGUCUGCAUGUGGGACGAGUGUAUACGCGGCGGGAAGGCGUUCAAAGCCAAAUAUAAACUCAUCAACCAUAUUCGCGUGCACACCGGGGAGAAGCCUUUCUCGUGCGCAUUCCCAAACUGCGGCAAGAUGUUCGCACGCUCUGAGAACCUCAAGAUCCACACGCGCACACACACUGGUAGGGUAUCAUGAUUCUGUGACCACUGUCAGAGCGCUGUGAUUCAGCCAUUUGGCAAUAGUCGUUAUCCAUGUCAUCCGUCAAUACAGCCACCUCCGGACAAAGAUAGGCGAUGAAGAGGAGAGCAGAGAUUGUUCCCAGUCGGUUAGGAAUCCCCUCCAUGUUUACGAAAGCUCAGUCCAGUACCAAUUCAUGUCCACCCUUCAUUGCGCCCUUGUUUCCUAGUUGAAUCACGGGUUGAAAUUGCAGCUCAGAAGCCAUGCAAGGUGACAGGAAGCAGUAGGAGGUUAGGAUCUGUCCAGUAUUACAUUUAUAUUUGAGUAACACCACAGAAAAGGAUGGGUGGAGACAUACACAAGGCCACAGUGGUCAUUUAAUGUCCAAUAUGCACAGAAAUACAUCUGAGCAGAAACUGUUUUUUUUCUGUCUACAGUGAGUGUAUGUCCAAAUACAUAACGUAAUUGUUACUUUUUUAUCACAGUAAAAUUUAGACUGCACUCUUUUGUUUUGAGUCAAUAGACCCAUAACUACCCGAUUAUUAUGGUUAACAAACUGUUUUUAAAUGUGCAUUAUAAUUUAGUAAUAUCAGGUCACCAUCCUUAUGGUUUUUUGUUGUUACUCUGUUUUAUAGGGAUUUUAGGGUUUAAUUUCACAGUCAGGAUGAGAACAUGGGUUCAUGCAUAGUUUCAAGAGCAGAACUGGAAAUGAGAAUAUAGAGACAGCAUCUGUAUCAUAGAUAGAUAGAUAGAUAGAUAGAUAGAUAGAUAGAUAUUGCAGACCUCACUAGCAUCUCAGAGAACUUGAUGACUUGCUAGGUUGAAUAAUUUUCUUGAGAUACCUGAUGAAACAAAAUGACAAAUGCAUUAAUGGAAGGGGAUAAAUAUUGAUUAUGCUUACUAUUUACAUUUAUGAACCUCAGAUUUUCUCAUUCAGUUGAUAAAAUGUAUCCGUAAAAAGAAAAGUUAAUGAUUGAAUAAAAUGUGGGUUGUAGAGUCAAGGAGGAAAGGCAGCAAAUGGUUGUGGCUGUGAAUUGAAUCAGAGAUUGUUGCAAAGAGGACUAUGGUCUCCAAACAUGGGCGCUUUGACUGCUAUGUUAUUGGCGGAUAUUGGAAAAAUUUAAACCAAAUCUCAAACUCUACCAAACCUCUAUAACAGUUGAAAACAUAAAAAGAAAGAAAGAACAAGGCUUCAUGAGGGUUUUGGUUUUUUAGAUAAGAUUUUUAGUUGUAAGCUAUUAAAAUGAAGAACAGGCUGACAGUGAUGCAAUAACCUCCUUGUUGAGGAUUUCCAAUCGGGGUUUAAUUAAACGAGGCGUAAAGGUGCAGUGUAUAGAAAUGUGAAAUGGGACUAUUGAGCUGUAGUUAGCAGUCCGAUUUUAGAUUGAUAUGAAGCGACAGUGGCCAAGGACACAAAGUUCUAAUGCAUCUUCAUAAUUGAACUAGUGCAGUUUGGCUUAUUACUGAAUACACAAACAUGCAUGUUACAGGUAACUUUUUCUGUGAAGGUACAAAUACCUGAAGGGGAAGCCUAGGUCAGCAGAGAAAGCAAAUUAUGCAUGUUACAGGUACCUUAUUUGAAUUUCCCUUCGGGGAUUAAUAAAGUUCUUUUUCUUCCUCUUCUUCUUAUACAAGUUUUUUGUGUGCUGCUGCUAAAAUAUGGUGGCUUUAGUGAGAGCUAUCUCAUUGUGUUAAAAUAAAAGGCUCAUUGUAAGUUAGAAAAAAAAACAUGUUUUGAAUUUUUCAGAGUUUUGAAUUUGGGGGAUUUUACAGUCAUUUCAUUUAUUUUAUUUCAUUUCCUUUUUAUUUGUUAAAGAGGGACAGUGUACAUUAAUGAACAUUUUAAAAAGAUAAAAUGUAAAUGGACCCAAUUGUAGCCACAAGGCUAGUUUCCAUUGGUAGUCCCCCUGCCAGAAGGAACAUGGCUACCUAAAAAGGUGGGAAAUCAGCAACUACAUAAAAACAUACAUAAUACACAAUAUUUAAAACAUCAACAUUACCCACCCGAAAGCACGCCAACCAACUAAUGAGAACAAGUUUGGUUUUCAAGUAACCACCUCUUCAAAUUUAUUUUAAAUGCUCUGUAUGAAUUGGACUCUCUUAUGUUUUGUGGUAUUGUGUUCCAAUCCUUGCCUGCCCUACAAGAAAAAACUGACUGACCAAAUACAGAUUUUCUAAGUGGGAUCUGGCAGUCUCCUCUGGCCGCCCCUCUAGUACCACUGGUUGCUGGAGAUCUAAACUGUAUGAGGUUGCAGAGUGGGGGCGGAGCUACCCUAUGACGGAUUUUAGAUGUAAGACAGCAGUUUUUGAAAAGGACAAGAUUGUUCCAGCUUAAUAACCUAUAUUUUUGAAGAAUUGUGCAAUGAUGAAAAGAUCUUGGUUUUUUAUCCAGAGUUUUGAGUGCUUGUUUGUAUAGUGAUAUUAAUGGGUUUAAAGUAGUGGGGUUUGCGGUGGACCAGGCGGGUAAACAAUAAUUAAUAUGGGACAUUAUAAGAGAAAACAUGUACAUUUUUGCUGCUUCUGUUGACAUAUGAUUUCUGAGGUGCCUGAAAUUUCCAAGUGUGACCUUAAGAAUUUUGCUUACUUUUUUAACAUGAUGUUUAAAAGUAAGAUUACUGUCUAACACAAUACCUAAAUAUUUAUAUUCAUUUACAAUUUGGAUUCUUUGUCCAGAAAUAAAAACAUCAGGCUCAGUAUGUGAUUUGUUUGUUUUGGAAAAAAACAAACAAAUUUCAGACAAAUCACCCAGUAUGCUCUGCUGAGCCCUGCCAAAUACUCCACACUGUACCUUCAAGCUGCUUUAUCUGGCUCAUUAAACCCUUCAGACAGAAAACCAGUAAAAACAAGGUCAUAUUUUGUUUCUCUGCUGACCUAGGCUUCCCCUUCAGGCUUUUUGUACCUUUACAGAAAAAGAAUGAAUUGAUGCAUUCAUGUUAUGACAGCAGCACAAAAGUUUUGGAUGAAGAACACAAAUAUACAACAUGAUACACAUUUGAUGGUAAAAACUUGACAAAUAUAGGAUUGUGACUGUUAUGUACUGCAGGAGGUUUUUGCCUUUGCCAUUGCUUCACCCGUGGGAGAUCCUUUAGUUUAAAAUCUGACCACUAGAUGUUACUAUAUAUACACACUGCACCUUUAAGACAUCUCUUAUUUUAAAUAAACUGAUAGUGCUCAUAGUUGUAUUUUAGAUAUGGAAGCUAUUUUAUAUACUGUAUUUAAUGUGGUUGUGGUAAGGACCCUUAAAAAGAAGAUGAUUUAUCUCAGCGGGUUCUUCCCUCUAAAUAAAAUGUGCCCAAAUUAUUGUCUUGUCACCAAAAGUAAAACAUAAUGACAAAACAUUUUAAAUGGGGACCUUUUAUUCAAUGACUAUAUAAAUCUAGAGGAAAACACAGAAGUUCUUGGACAUAUUAAAAACCGAGCUCAUUUCACAUUAUGUGAGGUUUUUUCACAAAAUUGCCCUCAGUACCAUAGCAGAAAGAAUGUAUGCGGUGAAAGUGUUUGAUGUAUCUUCUCAACUUUUUCAGUAGGGGCCCAGUCCAGAUCUAUGUUAAUAGCCAGAGUGAUCUGUCUGUUGCAGGUGAAAAGCCGUUCCAGUGCGAGUUUUGCGAGCGGCGAUUUGCCAACAGCAGCGAUCGGAAGAAGCACUCACAGGUCCACACAGCAUCAAAGCCCUACGACUGCAAGGCUCUUGGAUGCACCAAGUCCUACACCCACCCCAGCUCCCUGCGGAAACAUAUGAAGGUUCAUGUCAAGUUGUCACCUACCUCUGAACCUCAGGACCCAUACGACUCAGUCUCUCAUCAACUCGAGCAACCUCAUCAGGCUCUCCUUGAGCCCCUUGAUCUCAAGAUUAAUCGACUUUCUCCAUCGCUUGGCAACAAACACAUAAACUUCCCACUUCUGUCUAAUCAUGAAUUGCAUAUUAGCUCAGCCAGGGAAGUGGACAAUAAGUUGCUGCUGCGUAGCUCAUCUCCGAUGGCAAUGCCUUUGGAUCUUUCACUGUCUGGCCUGAAGAGUCAACUAGCUCAGAAGCAUCAGAGUGGCAGGACCCCCAGAAGGAGCCAGCGCUCAGUCAAUCCAGCCUUACCUCAUUUGUCUAACAUUAAGGAAUGGUAUGUCUGUACCAGGACUACGGCACCACACUAUCCUCUUCUUCACCCUGAUCACAUCAAAUCAGAACCUAGUGAUGAUGACGAGUAUGUCACAUAG